UAUGUAUCAUUCCUUGAACAAAUACAAUAUAUUUUCUCGUACAUACUCAAUGCUGAUCCAUCCUCAACGGGCUAUUGUCUAUCCGGCAUACUGAAUGCACGUUUGACCGUUCCACUAUGAUGGAUAGACAUUGUCAUAACGGUUAGGUUUUGAUUCCAUUUGUCAACACUCGAUUUUAUUAAUUUGUCAUUGCUAUUCAGUGCCAUUAAUAGGAUUGUGCGUCUGUGGUCCCUUAAAACAACUUGGAGUGAGGUAGAGAGCAAGAAAAAACCAACUGUGAAAAUGAUCAUAUAUGCUGUAUAUGUGUGGCGCACUUCAGCAGCACAACGUGUUACUUAUGUCAGAGACUAUGGAAGUAGGUUUGUAGUAAAAUAUAGAGUUUACAGCCUGUGAAAGACAUCAUUCGAGGUAAGUAUUCAAUACCAUAGAAAAUAAUUAUGCAGUUGACACUCCAGAUCGAGAAUUCUGAUCUGGGUUUGUAUUGGCAUUAUUGCUGUUUGCAUAUUAUGUGUCCAAACCUACACCAUCAUUUAUGAUGAUUUAUAUCUGACAGAUAAUUAUAGCUCUGCCAAGUGCCAACCCAACAACCAAAACAGAAGAAAUAACUGUAGUUUAAACUUUUUAUCUAUUUUGUGGAUAUAAAUUGAGUGUCAAGACACCCAAAGACACAAAGGAAUAAUAAAAGUAGCAAGUAAAGAGAAAAAGAAGAUUAUGGAAUGCCCAAAGAAGUUUGGCUUUUUGUGUGUACUCUUAUUGCUGUGCAUUACAGCUGAAGCUGCUGUUGUUGUGUCUGAAACAUCCAUCCCUAAGAUACUUGCCAAAUAUGGACUACCCAUAGGACUUCUGCCUGACUCUGUUAGGAAUUACUCCCUUUCUGAUGAUGGGGACUUUAAGGUAGAGCUUGAGAAUCCGUGUGAAAUUAAUUUUAAGUAUCUGGUGUCCUAUGACACUGUCAUCCAAGGAAAACUCACUUAUGGCAAGAUCAGUGAGCUUUCUGGGAUUCGGGCAAAGAAAUUUUUAUUAUGGAUGCGUGUGACUGGAAUUGAAGUGGAUAUACCAAAUUCAGGGUACAUAUACUUCCAUGUUGGUGCAAUCUCAAAGAAGUUGGACGUAGCUUUAUUUCAGUCGGUUCAUAAAUGCCAGGAUUCUUUUGGGAAGCGGGAUAAAAACGAGAGCCAGCCUGCAUUGGCUGAGAGAGAUGUGCAGUGAUGGAAAUUUGUAGCAGGACAAAAAAAUUAUGUAUAGAUGAUGCAUCAGUGCUGUCCAUUUUACAAGCAUCUUCGUGUCACAACUUAUGCUACGGAGAGGAUAUAGAAGGAUCUAAGAAUAAUGAGAUACUCUAUAUUUUAUUUAUAAUAUGGCUAUAUUGCUAUAGCACUAUAGCAUAUUUAGGGAUACCUCUUGAAAUAUGCAGAAAAUUCUGGUUUUCAAUAUGCUUGCAGAGUCGAUGACCUUUGUUGUACUACUCUUUGGAUAGUAACGUCAAUAACUGCUAUACUGUUGGAUACUACAAAUAGUUGUUAUACGUAUUACUUUAAAGAGUAAGGAGUCCCAUGUUUUGUUUGGAUGAUCACCCUUAGUUAUUGCAAAGGAGUCCUAUAUUUUGUGUGAA